AUGGCUAUUUAUUUAACAUUUAAUCAAUGGAUCGACAAAAGAAUGAUCCUUGCUAAUUGGGGAUGUGGAAUUGAUUUAACAUUACAUACAAUUUCAAUUCCGAGACAAUUUAUUCAUAUAAAAAAUAAAAUUAUUGAAGAUCAUGUGGAAAUUUAUGCAUCACCUAAGAUUUUAACAUUAAAUGAUGAUAAUACGCAUGGUGAACCAAUGGGAAAUAUAUUAACAGGAGUCCAUGGGCAAGAUGAACCCUAUGAAAUGGUAAUACAUUUACCUCAUAAACUACGUCAUUCAAAUGAACAUGAAACAUAUCAAGAACAAUUAUUCGAUUAUAAUGAUGAUGAAGGGAUUCAUGCUCGAGAUGAACCCUCAAAUGAAACUGAAAUUAUCUUCGACGAUGACAUAAAACAAAAUACAACAGUAAAUCAACGUCAGCAAAAUUAA